AUCCGUGGUAGUCAGUCUGUCGGGCCCAAAUGAACGAUGGAUGGCCCUGGUCACGACAUUUCGAUUGUGUCAUGGGUUCAGCUUGGAGCUUAGUAUGCUCACCAUUGACAGUAUCCCCUCAUCUAGAGGAUAUAAUUAAUUCGAGGCGCACCGGUCCGGUUUGAGAGCAAGCUAAUCCUUCUUUUGAUUCAAGGCAUCAGAUAAAGUACCUGCGAGAUGACAUUCCGUGAUUCAUCAUCUCAGACCCUCUCGCCGAUGGACCACACCGUCCCCAAGGUGUAUUUCACGUUCUAUCAUUCCUUCCUCUUAGACAAUCCACAGACAGGCGUCGAGUCUAUCCAGAAAGGCCUCACCACCCUGAUUCAACACCUCCCGUUUUUGGCAAAGGAUGUGGCACCUUGCUAUGAUGAGAAGCAUGAAAAUGUCCACUGCAUCCAACCUCCAUCAGCUGCAUCACAAUCCAUACCUAUGCUCCGAAUCAGGUAUCACUUAAAUGAAUCAAUCCGUGUGAUGACAAACACUGCAACAUGUACUGCGGUCGAGGAUCUACAGUUCUCUAGAAGAUAUGCCCCAUUGCCGUCAGUGAUGGACCCCCACAAGAGCCAGCCUCUCCUGCGAUUUGUGGCGAACAUCAUGAUCGACGGAAUUAUUCUUUCGCUCAGCUUCAACCACAUGGGUGCGGAUGGCACGGGCAUCGGAGAAGUUCUCGAGAUACUGUCUCAAUGCUGUCGGAACGAAUAUAACCCACUGUCUCACCAUCGGCUUGAGUUGCAAUUGCGCCGUCAACUAUCCUCGCCUAGUAUUGCUGGGAAGCAACCGCUGAAGAGCUUUUCUGAAACCUACAGCGAAGAGGAGACCUUCCAUUGCGUAGCACCAGAUACGUGGCCCACGGCUGUUACCUCAAUGGCAGCUGUCUUGAACACAUUCCGAUUCAAGUUUACCAGCCAAAAGGCCAAGAUACUGAAAGACGCUUGCACAUCUAUCUUAUCGCAGACCGAGGACGCGUCGAGCAAAGCAAACCCGCCUUUUGUAUCAUCAAACGAUGUGCUUACUGCCCUAUUGACCAUCUGCCUACAGCAGAGUCAAUGCACUACAGAACAUAAGGAGGAUUAUACCGUCGCAUCUGUUGCGAAUGUCCGUUCUCGAAUGGAUCCUCCAUGGCCUGACCACUAUUUGGGGGUUAUGCUCACCAUGGCGCUUGUGACACGGUCUUCAAUGGCCGAUCUGGUAGAUGAGCAGAAAGCGAGCAUUGCGGCGGAAGAGCUGGGUAUCGAUAAAGACGAGCUGGUUCAAAUCACCAACCUCGCCGCGAACAUGCGUCAGAAGCUGCUGGCCAUUGAUGGCCAAUAUGUUCGCGGCCUGCUCGCCUACAUGCAACAGCAACGCGACUGGGGUGAAAUGAAAAUCAAGGGAGGAGACGUCUCAUAUUCGAGCAUCCGACACCUGAAGGUCUAUGAUUUGGACUUUGGUCCCAGCCUAGGGAAGAUCGCCGAUUUCCGAUUAUAUUUCGCAUUGCUAGACGAGUUCUGUCUUAUACUGCCUGCAGCGCCGGGAGGGGAUUGGGAUAUGCAGAUUAGCCUGAGUCCCAGCCACCAGCAGGCGUUGAUGAAUAACGAGUUGUUCCGAUGGGCUUUGAGCGAAUACAGCAGCGCUCCCACUAGGGACAAGGAGACGGAUCAUGUACGGCUGCCGAUUGCAGCUGUGGGAGGAGUAUGAUAUCUCCGUCGAAGACGUUGCGUUGCUUUUACCGCAAAUAUACCUGCCUGAAGAGGCGCAUUCAUCUGUAUGCAGAGGAAUCAAGUUCAUGCAGCUAGUCUGAGUCUAUGUAGAGUGAUG